AUGAAUGAUACAAUUGAAUUUGAGAGCUCUCUCAAUGAAGUUACUCCCCAAGAAAAAGAUAUCGUCACUUAUUUGUAGGAAUUGAACUUAACAUUCUUGACUGACCCUUAAUCAAAAUAGUUUAAAUUUGAACAAGCCAAAAAACAACUGAUAUUUUCCUAUCGUUCCCUUGACUCCGACACCGAUGGCUCAGAUAUGACACCACCCAUGAUCAUCAAAACAUAGUCACUCCUACUGACCAAGUCACCUCUGAGACAAAAGCGAUUAUCCAUUGUAUCCGAACAUCCAUUAAUCUGA